UAAGCCACUAAGUUAAAAACAAAGACAUCUGAAUGUAAAUUUCUGACAGGCAAAAGUGACUUGUCUCCGGUUUCGGUUCUGUUCUGUUCUUGGUCUCUUCAAUUCUCCUCUAUAAGAAUCCCUCCUAAAUCCACCUACAAUCGGUGCAAUUCUCAAUCAACUUCAGGUAUUAUCCCAAUUUCAAGAAUUAAUUUUGUUUAUGAUUUAAUUUGCAGAAUUUAAGAUACCCUUUGGAAUCUUAAGCAAAAAAGCAGAUUCUGAAUUCAAGUAAAGGAACAAACUAUAAAUGGAGAAUAGGUAUGGCUACUUCAGGCAAGGAAGUGGAGUAUGGAAAUCAUUCACCGAUGGAGAUUUUGAAGAAGAAGAAGUGUGGGCUGUGAUCAAAGAAAGAAGAGAUUCAUCAGCACCCUCUUCUAAAGUAAGCCAAUUUAUAAAUAAUUCUGAGUUCGAACCUUCAUUUUCCGUUCAACGGCGCCUCCCUUCUGCGGCGAGAAUGGUCCCGAAAACAAGUGGCAAUGGCAGCAGCACCAGUGGCUCUAGCAACAGCAACAGCCCGGCGGUAGUCACAAAGCUUCAAUCGGCUCCUGUGAAAAUCCCUGAUUGGUCAAAGUUUAAUAGCCACCACCACCACCACCACCACAAGUCAAAGAAAUCCUCCAAGAAUGUUCAUAGCUUUGAUGAUGACGAUGAUGAAAAUUAUCAUAGCUUUGAUGAUGACGAUGAUGACGACGACGACGACGACGACGACGAUGAUGAUGGUGUUGGUUAUGAUUCCAGGGUUCCUCCACAUGAAUUCAUUGCAAGAAGGCAAUCAAGGAGUCAAAUUUCUUCAUUUUCAGUGUUUGAAGGAGUUGGGAGGACACUCAAAGGGAGAGAUCUUAGCAAAGUGAGAAAUGCUGUUUUGACAAGAACUGGUUUUCUUGAGGAAUGAUUUUUAAUUUAUUUCAUAAAUUAUGGUAUUGAUAUUAUUAUUUAGUGUAAAUAAUAGUAUGUGUUUUUUUAGGGUUUUUGUGAUGGUUUCAUAGGCCUCAAAUUUUAGUUUAGAUCAAUUCUGUUUUAGGGUUUCAAGUAAAUGUUCUAUUUUUGUGUAAAAAUUGCAAUCAAUUUAUGUGAAUUUUUAUAUUGGUUU